CAGCUAAUUUCCCUAGCAAAUAAACCAGCAGAUGCUGGUCCACGAAACGAGUUACCACUGAGAACAGGGCACUGUGUGCAUGGGGCAGGAUGCUCUCAUGGAGCCCCACAGCAGCACUGCUGGGAUCUUCCAGUGCAAAAUAAGCCUCCUCCUUUUCUUCCUCCUCCUCCUAGCAGGUUCUUGCUUGGGACUGAAGGUGACAGUGCCAUCACACACUGUCCAUGGCAUCAGAGGUCAAGCCCUUUACCUCCCGGUGCACUACGGCUUCCAUACUGUGGCAUCAGGCAUCCAGAUCAUAUGGCUGUUUGAGAGACCCCACACAAUGCCCAAAUACUUACUGGGCUCUGUGAACAAGUCUGUAGUUCCUGACUUGGAAUACCAGCAUAAAUUCACCCUGAGGCCGCCCAAUGCAUCUCUGCUCAUUAAUCCACUGCAGUUUGAUGAUGAAGGUAAUUACAUUGUGAAGGUCAACAUUCAAGGAAAUGGAACGCUAUCCUCGAGUCAGAAGAUACAAGUCACUGUCGAUGACCCUGUCACAAAGCCAGUGGUGCAGAAUCAUCCUUCCUCCGGGGCUGUGGAAUAUGUGGGAAAUAUGACCCUGACAUGCCAGGUGGCAGGGGGUACCCGGCUAGUUUACCAGUGGCUAAAAAAUGGGAAGCCUGUUCGUACCACUUCCACCUAUUCCUUUUCUCCCCAAAACAACACCCUUCACAUCGCACCGGUGACCAAGGAAGACAUUGGGAAUUACAGUUGCCUCGUGAAGAACCCAGUCAGUGAAAUGGAAAGUGACAUUAUUACACCAACCAUAUUCUAUGGACCUUAUGGACUUCGAGUUAAUUCGGAUAAAGGGCUGAAAGUAGGGGAAGUGUUUACCGUUGACCUGGGAGAAGCCAUCCUAUUUGAUUGUUCAGCUGACUCUUAUCCCCCUAACACCUACUCCUGGAUCCAGAACACUGAAAAUGCAACGUACGUCAUCAAGUACGGGCCUGUCUUGGAAGUGGCGUCUGACAAGGUCACCCAAAAGACAACUGACUUUAUGUGCUGUGCUUACAACAACGUAACAGGGAGGCAAGAUGAAACGCGUUUCACCGUUAUCAUCACUUCUGUGGGACUGGAGAAGUUUGCACAAAAAGCAAAAUCAUUGUCCCCUUUAGCAACUAUAACUGGAAUAUCACUAUUUUUGAUUAUGUCUAUGUCUCUUCUCUUCAUUUGGAAAAAAUGUCAACCCUACAGAGUCAUAAAACAGAAGCUAGAAGGCAGGCCAGACACAGAAUACAGGAAAGCACAAACAUUUUCAGGCCAUGAAGAUGCUCUGGAUGACUUCGGAAUAUACGAAUUUGUUGCUAUUCCAGAUGCUUCGGGUGUUUCCAGGGUGUCAAGCAGAUCUGUUCCCACCUCUGAUGGUAUAUCAGGGCAAGAUUUGCACAGCACAAUUUAUGAAGUUAUUCAGCACAUCCCUGCCCUACAAGAAGACCAUCCAGAACCUGGAAAUUCAUAGAAGAGUUCACAGAGCAGUACACUGGAGUGAAAUAAUGAAGGAACAUCUGAGGAAAAACAAUGGGAACAUAUAUUCAUCUGGGAAGAGGAUAGAAAUUGGCCUCUUACUCUUACUACAGUAUCUCUUACCACUUUUUUAUCCACAGAAUAGAUAUAUCUGUACAAAGUGGACUGCAAGAUUUCCAGUGUGUGCAACCAAUGUGUUGUGCAACCAGGGCGCAUGGUAGACAUUCUUUAUCAUGCUGACUGACAGAAAGGAAAGAAUGAAGAUUUCCAAUCAGUCUUUUUAUAUCAAAUUUUCCUAAAAAGCAUCAAUUCAUUCUUUUACCUUCAUUUUCCACCAACAUUUACCCUCUCUUAUUUCACCUACACAUGUAGAAACUUUACAUUUGUGAAUUUCUCAGCAGGUUUUAUUUUACUGAAUUUGCAUGGCUAAAUUUUUAUUCCCAAAUUUAUUUCUUAUUAUUUGUAUCACAAAAGUAAAAAAACUGUGCCUUCUGUGUGGUUGUGAGUCACUUUCUUUGUCAAGUGUUUUUAAAAAGACUUCAAAAAUACUUAAAGGACUAUUAAAGCCUUACUAAUUUUUGUUCAAAUAAAAAUGAAUCCAAAUAAAUUGUGUUUUUACUCUA